AUAUUGAGAUCUGCUACUACUUUUAAUAAUGUUAAAUGGAAAAAGAGGAAAAAAAGUUCCCACAAUGGCGCCUGAAGCAUUCUGAUCGGAGAACAGUCAACUCUCGGAAUCAAGUUCAAGUUUCAACUCCAAGCCUAUCCAACCCAGACGAGCGGUCAUGAUGGCAUCUUCGGAGAUCGAAGUCGUCUCGGACGCCAACAAGGAUUCAAAUGAAUUGGGCAAACACGCCAACGAAAUCGCUGUAAUCGACGUUUUCUCUGCGUCUGCUUAUGGAGAUUUUGAGAAGUUGCAAAAAUUCGUUGAGGAAGAGGCUGCGUCUGUCUCUGCGCCGGAUGGUAAUGGCUACUACGCUCUCCAAUGGGCUGCUUUGAACAACUUUCCGAAUAUCGCGCAGUAUAUAAUUGAGCAUGGUGGCGGUGUAAAUGCGAUCGACAACAUGCAGCAGACGGCGUUGCAUUGGGCGGCGGUCCGGGGUUCAAUUGCAGCGGCGGACGUGCUCUUCCAGAACGGGGGGUGGGUGGAGGCAGCUGAUUUAAAUGGGUAUCGGGCAGCCCAUGUUGCAGCCCAAUAUGGACAAACAGCUUUCUUAAAUCACAUUGUUGCAAAGUAUCAUGCUGAUUUUGAUGCACCAGAUAAUAAUGGACGAAGUCCUCUGCACUGGGCGGCAUACAAGGGAUAUGCAGAUACAAUUAGAUUGCUUCUAUUUAGAGAUGCGUGCCAAGGAAGACAAGAUAAAGAAGGUUGUACUCCUUUACACUGGGCAGCAAUUAGAGGAAAUGUGGAAGCAUGCACUGUGCUUGUUCAUGCAGGAACAAAAGAGGAAUUAACGGUGAAAGAUAAUGCUGGAUUUACUCCCGUUCAGCUUGCAUCUGAUAAAGGUCAUCGGCAUGUCGCCUUUUUCCUUUCCAAUGCACAGCGGCAGCACAGUAAGCGGUGGGCAGACCAAAUUUUCAGUGGAAAAAUAGGGAAUAUUGGUUAUGCUCAUAUUUUGUUUUGCAUUGUUAUCAUUCUCAUGGUCCUCUUCAUCAACUCUGUUCUUAUAGCUCCUAAUCUUCCGAAGGUUACAGCUGUUGUUGGGCUUUGGGGAUGGAUGGCUGUUUCUCUGGCUAUUGGUUCAUUGAUAAUGUUCUAUAGAUGUAGUAGUAAAGAUCCUGGUUAUAUAAAAACGUCGAGAGGUUUAGUUAAUCGAACAGAUACAGAGGAUCCUUUGUUGAAUAUUGACCUGAAUAAUUCCUCUGUUUGGGUGGGAAAUUGGUCUCAACUCUGCCCUACCUGCAAGAUAAUUAGACCUGUUCGUUCGAAGCACUGCCCUGUGUGUAAGCAUUGUGUGGAACAGUUUGACCAUCACUGCCCUUGGAUCUCUAAUUGUGUAGGGAAGAGAAACAAAUGGGACUUCUUUAUUUUUAUUUGUAUGGGAACUCUCACAUCAUCUGUUGCUGCAGUCGUAGCAAUUCAAAGAAUCUGGACAGCUCUACUAGCAUUUUCAGCUGAAGAAUCAUGGAUUUAUCAUGUGGUAGUUCAGUUCCCUGGUGUUGUUGCCUUUUUGGUUGUAGACAUUAUUAUCUUGACUGUUGCUACAAUUUUGACCGCUGCACAGGCCUCGCAGAUAGCUCGAAAUAUAACCACAAAUGAAAUGGCCAAUGCCAUUCGUUAUGGAUAUCUUCGCGGUCCAGAUGGGCAGUUUCGUAAUCCUUAUAACCAUGGAUGCCGAAAGAAUUGUGCAGAUUUUCUCAUUCAAGGCUACACAAAUGAUGAUGAAAUUGCUUGGCCUCCAUUACAGCAGGUAGCCAGUUAGAACUAUCAUCUGCUGUAUGGUUUAAUUUUGAAUCCUGGAGUUGUUUGCUGGUAUCAUUCCAUUGUACUGAAAAUCCCAACAGUGUUCCAGCAUAGAUCCCAUCUUCUUGAAAGAUUCAAACAUUAUCUGAUGAGUCCAAGUUUAAUUUGUUAUGGUUGUACAAUUCAAAUAGCAUCAAAUAAAAUAAAAUUAUAAUUUCUGCA